AUGCAGCAAUUGAUUGGUGAACUGGAACGUAAACUAGCCGCGAAGCCACCUCCAGAGAAUCGAACUGAUCUCGACAUGACACACGUGCUGCCUCGACGACUCUACGGCAAAUUGAGUCGACUCGUGCCAAUGCCCCCAUAUGAUGACCGUGAGUUUGAAGGCAUCCUGGCAGAACGACUGCAAACCCCGAGUGGAGAUCCUCGCGAUUCCGAGCGACGCAGUUCCGAAGAAGAGGAAGAUGAUGAUGAUGAUGAUGAAGUUGCUACAGGCAGAAGUGGUGAUGCACCUUUCGAGAUGAUCGUCGAGAACCGGUCAGGUGUGCGAUCCCGAGCUCCACCACCAGGUCCCAUUGGCAACUGGAUGGAGCGGUUCCUUCGUCGAACAGGUCACGAGCGUAUCUGCUGGCAGACGAAGUACUAUCGCACCGACCGGAAGUUGCUGGAUAAACCGCUCUUUCAGCAGAUUGAAGAGCUGAUCGAUCUUGGCGCUCAGGACUUCUCCGAGUGGCUGAGUGGGCUUGGUGCAGAGCGUUCUAACAUCACGAAGGACAUCGUAAAGCAGCUGUUCUCGAUUGAGAUAGAGGAUGAGAUGGCACGGGCUAUUCGUGUGGAUACUCGCCCUAUCCGAGCCCUUCCUACUGAUGUCGCACGCCAAUGGAACCUCGAACAUAUGGCGAUUGAAAGCCGUAUCGCGCAGAUCAUGCAAGAGGACCGCCGUAGGUGGGAAGCGGCAGGACCUCCUCGAACGGUCGCCUUUGGUCGCACUCUUCCCUCUGAGCUGCGACGAGGUCCCACUAAACCGGAAGAAGGCGAUACACUUCAGCCGGACUUUCCAGAUGACCUGCGGACGAUGCGAGCACUCUUCCAGGACAUUCGACAUCUGCGUUCUGUUCGCUAUCUUACCGAACAUCUGCGUGCUCAGCCAGACAUCCCACGACCUCGCUAUCUGCUCGAAGCGGGCCUUUUCCGUCCUGGAGCCGGCAGCAGAACUGGAACGCCUGCGUUUUACCAGCGAGUCCUGCCACGACGUGCCAUCGCCGCCAGUGUACGUAAGUCGUAA